AUGGAAAAGAAAACACAGAGUAGUCAAAGGUUGGUUUUAUUCCCAUGUCCAUACCAAGGCCACAUUAACCCAAUGCUUCAGUUGGGUACCUUCCUUCACUCAAAGGGCUUUUCCAUUACAGUUGUUCACACCCAUUUCAACUCUCCUAACCCUUCAAACCACCCUGAAUUCACCUUUUUUCCAAUACCAGAUGGCUUAACUGCUGAUGAGAUAUCAUCUGGGAAUAUAAUGGCCAUUCUGUUGGCUCUUAAUGCCAAUUGCAAAGCGAGUUUUGAACAAACCUUGACUGAAGUGAUGGAAAAAGAACCGCAGAAUAAAAUCAUCUGCAUCAUCCAUGAUGACAUCAUGUACUUCUCUGAAGCUGUGGCUCGUCAUCUAAACAUUCCAAGCAUCAUGUUACGCACUACCAGUGUUACAAAUUUUCUUGCUCGCAGUGCCGUCCUACAACUUCAUUCAGAAGAUCACCUUCCAUUCCCAGACACUCUGUCACUGAAUCCGGUGCCCCAGUUUCAUCCCCUCAGGUUCAAGGAUCUGCCCACCUCCAACUUGGACACAUUUGAAAACUAUUCAAAACUAGCCAUUAAUGCGGGCAAUGUUAGGACGGCCUCAGCCAUCAUUUGGAACACCGUGGAUUGCCUUGAACAAUCAUCACUAGCACAGAUCCAGCAACAAUGUCAAGUUCCAAUCUUCUCUAUAGGUCCUCUUCACAAGAUUGCACCAGCAGCCUCCAGUAGUUUACUAGAAGAGGACACCAGCUGCAUAGCGUGGCUCGAAAAACAAUCUCAUAAGUCAGUUAUCUAUGUCAGCUUGGGGAGUGUAGCAUCCAUCGGUGAGAAGGAACUAGGUGAAAUGGCUUGGGGAUUAGCUAACAGCAAUCAACCUUUCUUGUGGGUGAUCAGACCUGGCUCAAUUUGUGGUUUAAAUUGGAAUGAGACAUUGCCUCAAGGUUUCAUAGAAGCUGUUGGAGAAAGAGGUUGCAUUGUCAAAUGGGCACCCCAAAGAGAAGUUUUGGCUCAUGGCGCGGUGGGUGGAUUUUGGAGCCAUUGCGGUUGGAACUCAACCCUAGAAAGUUUAUCUGAAGGUGUUCCAAUGAUAUGCACACCGAGUUUUGGCGAUCAGAAGGUGCACGCAAGGUAUAUCAGCCAAGUAUGGAGAGUAGGCGUACAAUUGGAGAAUGAGUUAGAAAGAGGAGAGAUAGAGAGAGCUGUGAGAACACUGAUGGUAGAUGAUGAUGGGGAGGCGAUGAGGAUAAGGGCCAAAGAUUUGAAGGAGAAAAUAGAAGUUUGUAUGAAGAAGGGUGGCUCUUCUUACAGUUUCUUGAAUAAGCUCGUGGAGCUUAUCAUGUCAUUGUAA